GCGACAAAUGUAACGUAUCAAGAUCGAAUCGCUGCGUUUGGACCACGUCUUACUGAUGAAGGUCUUUUUGGAGACCUUGUUUCGGUAGAGGAUAUUGAGCCUGAUAAUAAAAAGGGUUGCAACAAUUUGAAAAAUGUUAUUGAGGUUAAAAAUCGGAUUGUUCUUGUAGAACGCGGUCUAUGUUCUUUCAUUGAUAAGGUUCGAAACAUGCAGGCAUCAGGUGCUAUCGCAGUGGUUGUAGGAGAUAAUGAUCGAAACGGGUUGAUAACCAUGUAUGCCACCGGGGAUACUUCUGAUGUGGCAAUUCCUUCAGUGUUUAUUGCGCAAUCCGAAUAUAGAGCUAUAAAGUCAACCGUAGAAGGAUCAAAACAUAUAGAAGUACAGCUUGUCAAAGAUAACCUUUUACAGUGGCCUUUACUUGAUGUAAUCAUUGUUGUGAUUCUGUCACCGACAGUAAUGAUGAUCUUUAUUUAUGUUUUAUGGCGUAUCCGACAACGUCAAAUACGUGUACGAGAUAUAGCGCCUCAACAAGUUGUUGGAAACUUGGCUACAAAAAUAUUCUUCAAUUCAAAGAGGCAAGAGAAUGAGCCUACAGAUUGCUCAAUUUGUUUGGAAGAAUAUGUUGAUGAGGAUGAGUUAAGGAUUCUGCCAUGCAAACACGAAUUCCACAUCGAGUGUAUUGACAAUUGGUUAACGACAAGAAAGAAAUUCUGUCCUAACUGUAAACGUGAUAUUUGUUCACCGACUGAAGAAACUCCUUUGUUAUCAAACAAUGAACCUACACCAUAG